UUCCUCCUUCAGUGUUCAUCACUCGGCGGUCUCAUUGUGGCAGUAGUCCAUUCAAACGCUGGAGCGGAAUCGAAAUGGCUGCCCAGGACGUGAGGCUCAACCAUACAAUCUACAUCAACAAUCUAAACGAGAAGAUUAAAAAAGAUGAGCUGAAGAAGUCUUUAUACGCCAUCUUCUCCCAGUUUGGGCAGAUUCUUGACAUCUUGGUCUCCCGGACUAUCAAACUGAGGGGUCAAGCUUUUGUUAUAUUCAAGGAAAUCAACAGUGCCUCCAAUGCUCUGCGAUCUAUGCAGGGUUUCCCCUUCUAUGAUAAACCUAUGCGUAUCCAGUAUUCGAAAAUGGACUCCGACAUCAUAGCUAAGAUGAAGGGAACGUAUGUGGAGCGGGACCGCAAGAAGGAGAAAAGAAAGCCCAAACCUGCUGAGGUUCCUGGAGGGAAAAAGGGUGUUGCUGCAGCUGCAGCCGCUGCUGCUAUGGGCCCUGGGGUACCUGCCGCUAUGCCUGGUAUGCCACCCAUGAGCCAGGCGCCCAGAAUGAUGCCAAUGCCAGGACAGCCUCCUUAUAUGCCACCUCCUGGUAUGAUGCCUCCCCCUGGCAUGGGCCCUGGGCAGAUGCCCCCUGGUGCUAUGCCCCCUGGUCAGAUGAUGCCUGGACAGAUGCCAGGCCAGAUGCCCCAUGCCCAGGCAGUGUCCGAGAACCCUCCCAAUCAUAUCCUUUUCCUUACCAACCUUCCAGAAGAGACGAACGAGCUUAUGUUGUCUAUGCUCUUCAAUCAGUUUCCUGGAUUCAAAGAAGUGCGUCUGGUCCCUGGACGCCACGACAUCGCCUUCGUGGAGUUUGAUAACGAGGUGCAGGCAGGCGCAGCUAGAGAGGCCCUCCAGGGCUUUAAGAUCACACAGACCAAUGCAAUGAAGAUCUCCUUUGCCAAGAAAUAAUUUGUUACACACAAAUGCAUAAUCCCCCACCCUCCCCCGCCAGCCCUUAAACGCCCGCACCAUAGACUGCCCUUGCUGCUUCAUGCGCAACAUGGACAAUAACACAAUGAUUCUUUCGAGAGAACUUUUCCCAUAUUAAUGAAUUAGUCCAUCACCUCUGUGCACUACUACUUUCAUCCAAGACUGAUAUAGUCUGCAAGGACACUUCUGUGGAACAGGUAAAAUGAAUUUCUCCUCAAAAUAAUACUGUGGGCAAAUCUGCAGCGGCCGUUUGGAUAGAUUCAGCAGGUGACCACUGGUAUUGUCCAGGUAAUUAUAAAAAAAGCUGUCUGUCUCUCUUGGGCUCAUCUCUACAUCAUGGAGAACAGCAUCUAUGGUAUGGUUUGUAAGUACAGAUUUCUUUUAGGUUUUUGUACUUGAUUCUGUUUUGAUUCUACAAGCAUUGCACCCAGAGUCUGGUUCGCCAGACAUUAUACCUGGAGCUUUUCUGUUUUUUUAAUUAAAGAUGUUUUGUGUUUUUAA